AAAGAAAUUGACCCCAUAAGCAAAGCUUAUAACUGUAAGAGCUCUCUUCAGUCCUCCUCCAUCAGUGAUCUCAAUCUCCAUCCUAUAUAUCUCACCAAGUAACACACACUCCCAUGGCUCCUGAACUGGUUCAAGCAGGUGUUAAACCAACUGUGUUGGCUAAACCAGUCACCUUGCCCAAGCGAGCUUACGUUACCUUCUUGGCUGGCGAUGGAGAUUACGUGAAAGGCGUUGUAGGGUUAGCCAAAGGGUUAAGGCAGGUGAAAUCCGCAUACCCUUUAGUGGUUGCCGUUUUGCCCGACGUUCCCGAGGAGCACAGGCGGAUCCUGGAGAACCAGGGGUGUAUCGUCCGAGAGAUCGAACCCGUUUACCCGCCCGAGAAUCAGACCCAGUUCGCCAUGGCUUACUACGUCAUCAACUAUUCCAAGCUCCGUAUUUGGAAGUUCGUGGAGUACAGUAAGAUGAUAUACCUGGACGGGGAUAUUCAGGUGUACGAGAAUAUUGAUCACCUAUUCGACUUGCCUGACGGGCAAUUCUAUGCAGUAAUGGACUGUUUCUGUGAGAAAACGUGGAGUCAUACCCCACAAUUCAAGAUCGGUUACUGCCAACAGUGCCCUGACAAGGUCAAGUGGCCCGCCGAGAUGGGUCAGCCACCUGCACUUUACUUCAAUGCUGGCAUGUUUGUGUUUGAGCCCAGUCUUACCACCUAUGAAAACCUCUUGGCUACUCUUAAAAGCACCCCUCCUACCCCAUUUGCCGAGCAGGACUUUUUGAACAUGUACUUUAAGGACAUUUACAAACCAAUUCCUUUGGUCUACAACCUGGUUCUCGCCAUGUUAUGGCGUCAUCCCGACAACGUGGAGCUUGACAAAGUGAAGGUUGUUCACUACUGUGCAGCGGGAUCGAAGCCAUGGAGGUACACAGGGAAAGAAGAGAACAUGCAAAGAGAAGACGUGAAGAUGUUGGUUCAGAAAUGGUGGGAUAUUUACAACGACGAGUCUCUUGAUUACGAAAAACCAACCAUUGGUGAAGGACAGGCGGCAGAGUCGGUGAACAUGCAGCCGUUCCUGGUGGCACUCUCAGAAGCUGGUGCAGUCCAAUACGUAACGGCCCCAUCAGCGGCUUAAUAAUAAACAACAUGGCCAGCUCUGUUUUAGAAGAACAACGAUCCAAAAAAAAAAAAACUACUACUAAACGUAUAGCUGUAGAGAAAAAGUAAGCAAUGUCCUUUUCCCUAGAGAGGUUAAGGAAUAAAAGCUAUUAGGUUUUGCUUUUCUUUUCUUUCUUUCUCUUUUUUUACUUGAUGAUGAAGUUUAUGAUACCAACUUGUGGUGUGGUGUCCGAGUUGGAAAUGUGUGUUUUAAUUCCCAAACGAGUCCUAUUAAUGAAAGUGAAGGGUCUGCAGAAAUGGACCAUAUUGUAA